ACAAAAGAAUACGGCCACUCUUGUUUUCACAAACAUCUGAUUCGAAAUUCAAAGCCCAACAAAAGUAUUGAUUUGCUCUGUAGGAUUAGCUUAGCGUAGAAUUCUGAUAGAUAAGUAGCCAUGGAUUUCACGGGCUUUGAAGUGCGCAAGUGCCCACCGACUGCCAUGUACAUUCCGAACUUCAUCACUUCCGAGGAGGAGCAGCGCAUCCUGAGCCACAUCGAACGGACUCCCAAGCCGAGGUGGACGCAGUUGCUCAACCGCCGGCUGGUCAACUACGGCGGGGUGCCGCAUCCCAACGGGAUGAUUGCCGAGGAGAUUCCCGAUUGGCUGCAGAGCUAUGUGGACAAGGUGAACAACCUGGGGGUGUUCGAGUCGCAGAACGCCAACCAUGUGCUGGUCAACGAGUAUCUGCCCGGACAGGGGAUCCUCCCGCACACUGAUGGACCGCUGUUCUACCCCAUCAUCUCGACCAUCUCCUGCGGGGCGCACACUGUGCUGGAGUUCGCCCAGCGGGAGCAUCCGGAGGAGGAGGCCGAAGCAGAACCGUCGGCCCGCGAGGUUCGCUUCAAGCUCCUGCUGGAGCCGCGCAGCCUGCUCAUCCUGAAGGACACGCUGUACAGCGACUAUCUGCACGCCAUUGCCGAGACCGGCGAGGAUGUGCUCUGCGACCGCAUCUGCAACUAUGAUCUGUGCGAGAACACCUACAAGAUCGGGGAUCACCUGGUGCGCCGCUCGCCACGCAUCUCCCUCACCAUCCGCAACGUGCCCAAGACCAGCAAGAUGAAGCUAAAGUUCUGCUAGUUCCACUAAGGUCCUACUAAGAUGUUGUUUGCCAUUGAGCACAGAGAUUUUCUAAAUGUUGACUAACCGCACGUUAAACGAACCCACUGAAAGGGAUCCCAGGGAUCUUAGGGACUAUGAUAACCAACCCGCAACCUGAAUCUUCCGCUAGUUGUUUAAGCACUCGCACUAGCACACACUAGCUUGCUAGCAAUCAACGUUGGCCCACACAAAAGUGCUUUAUUUAUACUUUAUACCGUGUUAGCGUUGUGUACAUAUAUAAAAAUGUUUGUAUUACGUAUUACAGAGCAAUAGGUUGGCCCGAAGCGGCGGACAGGAUCAAGCUGUGUCCUGUCCGCCAGCGGCCUUUAGAUUUAGUUACGCGAGCAAUUGAAGGGAGCAAUCAUCCACGGUUUAGAUUUGUGAAAUAUGUAGUUAACUGUACAGGUGUUCGGCAACUGAUAGUGGCUAUGUUGUGAUACGCCUGCUGUCCCAUAGUCACAAUCAGUU